AUGGAUGAGCCCUUGCCUGCAGACGACUCCCAUUCCAAUCCCUCACACCCCCCCUCUUCCACAGAUGAAGCUUACAAGAACUACCCCACUUCUCUACAUCACUUACCCCCGAUCUACGACUCGGAUUCCGAGUCCGAUCACCAGCAUUCCCAAGAUGACUCUGACGACGACCCAUAUUUUCCUAACCGUCACCUUCAACUCUCCUCUUCCUCCAACUACCGACAGGUUUUCGCUUCCCGCCUGUCCUCAUCGUCCACCCCUCACCACCCACAAUCCCGUUCUCCAUUCACUUCCCCUCCCCGCACGCCCCAACAAGCCUCAGUUGCUUCACAUCCAUCUACGCCCGCGCAAGUCCAACUACCCCGAUCGCUCUCCAACUCGUCAUCCUCGCCCGCCUCGACCUCCACGUCUUCAUCCUCGAUCUCCUCACCCCUCUGUCCCCCGUCCACCUCGUUCCCGAUUGCCCCGCUUCUUCCCGCACAUGGUGCUCCUUCAUUCGUCCCGAUGGCCCAACAACCUCAAAAUCCCGCCCCGCCGGAGCCAUCCGACUCCUCUCCUCCUCUCCUCGCGUCGUCACCUCCGGAGGAUCCACUCUCAGGCAACGAUAUUCGCCAACGCAUCCGUGCCAUUUCUCGCGACCCGUCUUUGUCAGAGGAAGAGAAGAGCAAACAACGCCAAGCCCUGCUCAGCCAACCAUUCCAUCAGCGCCGGAAAAAGGAGGCCACGGCUUUCUCCGCCGAAAUGCGUCGCCAACGCUACAUCAAGACCUAUUCGAACGUCGACCAUCCCAACACGGGCGAGAAAAUGCCAGGCUGCGAACACUACCCUCGAAAUUGUAAAAUCAAGGCUGACUGCUGCGGACUUUGGGUAGUCUGUAGACUAUGCCACGACCAUCCCAGUGUGGACCAUGCGAUUGUGCGCUUUGACACCCAAGAAGUGAUGUGCAUGUUCUGCUUGACGGAGCAGCCUGUAUCUCGUCGUUGUAUGAACGAAGAAUGUAACCGGGAGUUUGCUCGAUAUUUUUGUGCCAAGUGCAAGUUUUACGACAACACGCCGGGCAAGAAUAUCUACCAUUGCGAUAAGUGCCAGAUUUGUCGUGUUGGGAAAGGAAUCGGACACGAUAACUUUCAUUGCGAUCGGUGCGAUGCGUGUGUGUCGCGCGAGACUUCAAAGACGCAUCGGUGCCUGAAGAAAUCGCUCGACGUCAAUUGUCCUAUCUGUGGGCAUUAUUUACACACUUCGACACUACCUGUAGUAUAUAUGCGAUGCGGGCACACGAUGCAUGCGCACUGUUUUGACACAUACACCGUCGAGCAUUACAUUUGUCCACUAUGUCACAAGGCACUUACCAACAUGCGAGGAUAUUACGCCCAGAUUGAUGAGGCCAUGAAAGAGCAAGAAAUGCCCGAAAAGCAUCGAAACAAAGUGGCCGAAGUGUUGUGCCACGACUGCGACAAGAGAUCAGAGACUGCGUAUCACUUUCUAUAUCUCAAAUGCCAAACGCCAGAUUGUGGAAGCUACAACACGCGCCUUCUACGUACUAUUGAAAGGGUCGCUGGUGAAGGGUCUGGUCGUCAUGCCGAAGGUGCGGACAGUGGAAGCAGUGAAGACUCAAAUGUUGAGAUGGGUGCUCAGCGUGGUGGUAGUCUUGAAGAAGACGAAGUCAUGGAAUGGCGCAACGGCAGGGAUAGCCCUGAGAGCGAUUCGAUGCAGCUAAGUUAGAGAAAGCUGCUUUACCCUUCACGAACUCCAGGUCAAAAAGGCUUAGUUCACAAACGAACACGAUAGCUAUAUUUUCUCGGUGUGUCUGGAUAUCUCCACGACCAGAAGUUUAGUAGAUAUUCAACUUUCUUAAGUCACACGACGAAGACGCAUGCAAGACAUACGCGCCUGAAAUUGUCGUAUUGCGAGAGCGCAUAUGAUACUUGGAAUCUUGGAAG